AUGGGCGUGCGGAAAAGGAGGAGGAGCCCGCCUCUCCGCGACUUCUUCGCCGUCGACACCGAGCGCGUCCUCGUGAGCACGCGCAACGAAGCCGACGGCCUCGCGCACGUCUGCAUCGUCGACAGCGACGGCAACACCGUCUACAACGCCUACUGCCGCCCCGAAUGGCCAGUCGUGGACUACCGCACGCAGUUCUCCGGAAUCACUUGGCGCCACAUUGACGGCGCGCCAGGGAUCCACGAGGUCCGCCGCGAGGUCAGACGGAUCCUGGACCGCGACGACGUGUACGUGGUUGGCCACGACCUCAAGACCGACCUCCCCGCCAUGGGCCUGGGCCACGUCCCGGCGUGGCGCCAGCGAGACACGGCGCUGUACCCGCCGCUGAUGCAAGUGGACGACGCAGGACGCGUGUACCCGCGCAAGCUGCGCGACCUCGCGCUUUCGGAGCUGAACUGGGACAUCCAGUGCGGCGCGCACGACGCGGAGGAGGACGCACAGGCCGCGAUGGACAUCUACGUGCGCCACCGCGGCGGGUGGGAAUCGCGCAUGCAGAGCGGAGGUGACGUGCGCGUCAAGCGCGGAACGCAGCUAUACAGCCCUUCGUGGUGA